GUAAACCUAAACGGCCAGUUAAUAAUUACCACAAGUCUUGCAUACACAUACCAAAAGGGUGCACUCAUUUCAGUCUUCCACAUACUUUAUCAUUGUACUAGCAGCGAGGCAGAGAUGAAGCUUUUUACGGUCGCGGUACUUUUGGUAUCAGUUUUUGGAGAACCUGCUUUUGCGAAUAUUGUGAAAAAUAAAUCAGCGCGGGCGGCUUCGACUUCGCUAAGUUGUACAGGCAGAUGUGACGAAUCAUACAACGGUGGCAAUAAGUGUCAGUGUAACGAUAGGUGCAGAGAAUAUGGGAAUUGCUGUGACGAUUAUAUCCCUGUUUGUGCGGCUACAGAUUCGUGUCAAUUACGAUGUAGCGAAAGGCAUGACAGUGCUCAAAGCUGCAGCUGUGACGACCAAUGUCUGACUUACAAUAAUUGUUGCGACGACUACGAGGCAAUGUGCAAUCCUAUUACAACGUGUAAAGACAGAUGCGGCGAAACUUCGAGUCCAACUGGAGCAAUUUGUUACUGCGAUGCUAAAUGUUCACAGUAUAAAAAUUGCUGCGAUGAUUUUUCUGACGUUUGUUUUGGGGGCGAGUCGUACUUAUGUAAAGGAGAAUGCAACGUAACAAGGGCACGGUGCGACUGCAACCCAGGCUGCGAAGCGGCAAAAAAUUGUUGCUCUGAUUAUCUAAAAACAUGUAACGGUGAACCGUCGUGGGUAGAACAACCAUGUAGUACAGAAACCGAGAUGAAAUGCCCUAAUGGAUACGAAGAUCCAAUUGUAAUUCUCUUUUCAAUCGACGGAUACAAGGCCGAGUACCUCAGCGAAACUAACUCGCCGAAUAUUUGGAAACUGGCAACAUGCGGAGUCCAUACGCCCUAUAUGAGAUCGGUAACUCCAACUUCUACAUUUCCAAACCAUUAUAGUAUGGCCACGGGUCUUUAUCCUGAGAGUCACGGGAUCGUAGACAACACCAUGUACGACCAUGAGCACGAGGAAAAAUUCUCUGUUGGAUCUCCAAACUCAUACCAUCCGUUUUGGUGGGGAGGCGAGCCGAUCUGGGUAACGACCAGCAACCAGGGCUUGAAGAGCGCCACGUAUUUCUGGGUGGGCUCUGACGUCAAUAUUACGAGAUAUCCCGAUUAUUAUUAUCAUUUUGAUGGCUCAGUACCGAACGAAGAAAGAAUGUAUACAGCCCUUGAUUGGCUUGACAUGAGCGUCCCUGACAGGCCCUCAUUUGUUGCUUUGUACAUGGAUAUUGUGGACCACGCUGGACAUAGUUAUGGCCCAGAUUCGCCUGAGGUUGCAGCUGAAGUUGCAGAAGCAGAUAGAAUAGUUGGAAUACUGAUGGACGGCUUGAAACUUCGUGGGUUGGAGAAUUGUGUUAAUGUGAUCAUGGUUGCUGAUCACGGAAUGACAGACAUCAGCUGUGACAGAAAGACCAGCGUAGAGGAUUACGGAGUUGACCUGGACCUUGUCUUCUUUAAAAGUGGAGCGUUCUCACAUAUCGGAAAGAGUCCCGACCGAACAGAGUGGGAUCAGUUUGACCCACAAACGACAUAUGAUGAACUGCGUUGCAAACAUAAUGAAACACAUUGGCUGGCUUAUCAGAAGCAUGGGUACCUUCCCAAACGAUAUCAUUAUACAAACAAUGAUCGUAUCGACGAUAUCGUUCUUGCAAUGGAUGACCGCUGGAUUUCAGAGGGAAGGAAGGGAUCUUAUACUUCAUGUAAUGGAGGGACGCAUGGUUAUGAUAACGAAUAUCGAAGCAUGCAUGCACUUUUCGCUGCACAUGGUGUUGCGUUCAAGAGAAAAUACGAUACUAUGCUUCCUUUCGAAAAUAUUGAAUUAUACAACUUGGUGACGGGUUUACUAAAUCUUGACGCUGCUCCCAACAACGGCACUGAAGGUUCCCUAAAUCAUAUUUUGAAAAACCCAACGCCUAUUAGCAGUCAAGCUGAGACCGAAGUGCCAAAUACAUGCGAUUACCCAGCACAAGAUACAUCUCCAUCUGAUAUGGGCUGCUUAUAUUGUUCGGGAAUAGACGAAGCGACUGCAAAUAAAAGAUUACAAGCAAUGGCAGGCAACCAAGAAGCACAGCAGAGUAACAUGCCAUAUGGACGACCGCAAGCUACCAACAUUGAAACCGAUGACGUUGCAUACUGCCUUUUAACGCAGGAGGAUUACAUCAAUGCUUACGACUUCAAGAGGAAGAUUUCAAGAUACGUUUCAUUCACAAUGACUGAUGAGGCUCGACAGUUGUACAAACCAAAAUAUUGUGUACGACCUGAUAUCCGGGUUCCACAAGAAGCUACGACCCCAUGCUCCGACUACACCACGACAAAUCUGCAAUCAGUAGUCUUGUACACUCCAGCAUUUUCCAACGGCCAGGCACUCUUCGAUGCGACGUUAACCAGCAACUCGGUUCCAAUGUACCUCUCAACAUAUGAAAUUUGGACUUACAUGGCGAGAGUGCUAACAGACUGGUCCCAACGGUAUGGUGGCAUCAACGUAAUAGCUGGACCAGCAUUUGAUAGCGACUUUGACGGUCAUCCGGAUAGCCUUGAAACUUUGCAAGCUAAUGGCACCUUCCUAAACGAUGACACUACUUCUACACCAAUUCCUACUCACUUCUUUCUUGUCGUUACUCGUUGCGUAAACUACGACACAGAAAAGAUUAGCAGCUGCGUCACUUCACCGACCAACCUUGAAGUCCAAGCUUUCAUAAUUCCAAACUUCGCCGAACCUCCUUGCAAUUCUAUGUCCAACCAGCCAAGCGAUUGGGUACCGAAAACGCUAAAGGAACACGUCGCUCGACUGAGGGAUGUUGAAAUACUGACCGGAUUGUCUUUCCUGCCAAAAUGGACGCACGCACAAAACGUCGACCAAGAAACCAGAAUUGAAGCCACGCGUUUGAGGCUAAGAUUGCCACAGUUUGAUAGCCAGUGGAUGAACGAUUUUCUCACAAUAACUCCUCCCCCAUUCGCUGAGAGUUCAGCAGUAACAACAACAGAAAAAACUGACGAAACGACAUCUAGCACAACAAAACUUACGGCUACAAACCUGUUUUAUCUCGUGAUAAUAAGUAUUUUAUGGUGGUUAAAUUAAUAACUUCCA